UUCUUUGUAUCAAACCUGGCAACCCAGAAAAAGGAAAAUAUGCCCACAGCAGACUACUUGGCAUUAAAGACGACGCUGUGGAAACUGCGCUGACCCGUUUCCAGAAUCUCCUCUUCAGUUUUCUUGCCAACACAGAUUUGGAUCAACUUGGUAGCGAAACGAAAGGAAACCCCAAAUCUUUUCCUAAAUGUUAAAGGACUGAUCGAAACCUCAUUCUUCCAUCCCUCCUGCCAGUUGGGAGCCUUGUUGGCAUCUUCUCUAACAAGAGCAAGGGUUGGGGGGGGGUGACCACUCUUGGAGCCCUUAUUAGACCACCAUCUUAAACACAUUUGAAGUGUUAAUACUGUCUUGAGGAAGUACGCAACCAAACAUUUCCUGGAUACGUCUGGGUGACAACAUGGCAAAGAAAAACAGCCCAAAGGAUACGUCAGGGGUGGUGUUUGACACACGAUCAAAAAUGGCCAUGUCCCAGGGAGGAACAACUGAAAGGAUGAAAGAGAAGAUCAAUGCCGUCAGGGCAGUCGUGCCCAACAAAAGUAACAAUGAGAUUGUGCUGGUGUUGCAGCACUUUGAAAACUGUGUUGACAAGGCCGUUCAAGCUUUCUUAGAAGGCAGUGCAGUUGAGAUCCUGAAGGAGUGGAAUGUCACCGGCAAAAAGAAGCCCAAGAAGAAAAAGAAGCCCAAGCCUCAGCCAGAGGCUUCAGCUGAGCCUGCUGCACCUGAGGCCACAUUGCCUGAGGAGGGCAAGGACGAGGUCAACGGCUUUCAUGCCAACGGAUCAGUAAUGGACGUGGAGUCACUUGAUUCUCUGAGUGAACAGCUGGACUCUGCCUCCCUGGAUGCAGCCGAGCUGGACUCUGAACCUGCAACAUCUGAAACCACUGGUGCAGAAGCGGAAAGUCAAGAUAGCGUUCCAAGUCCCCCCUUACAGCAAGCAGGGAGGAAUCACCAGGUUCCCAGAGGAAACAAGAACCGACACAGGCCGGGCUCCAAUUCACAUCCGCUCACUUUAUCCUUUCCACCCAACACUGAGGAGCAUGGAUCGUCAGGAGUCAAGAAGAUGGCUCCCAACAUUGACCGCUCUGUGAAGGACCUGCAGAGAUGCACCGCCUCACUGACUCGCUACAGGAUAGUGGUCAAGGAGGAGAUGGACUCCUCAAUCAAGAGGAUGAAGCAGACGUUCGCUGAGCUCCAGAGCUCUUUAAUGGACCGAGAAGUGACCCUACUGGGAGAGAUGGACAAAGUGAAGGCAGAGGCCAUGGGGAUUUUAGACUCCCGGCAGAAGAAAGCGGAGGAGCUCCGACGGCUGACCGACCAGUCGGCAUCCAUGUCUGAGGAGCAGCUGACUGAACUGCGUGCAGACAUCAAGCACUUUGUGAGCGAGCGUAAAUAUGACGAGGACCUCGGGAAAGCUGUAAGAUUUACAUUUGAUCUUGAACCGCUGAAGGCAAGCAUCUUAGGGUUUGGAUCAGUUUACCAUCCGCAUACGGGCUACUCGCACCGGUCCCGCUGUAGCUCCACGUCCUCUGCAGUCGCCAGCCCGAGCCAGCUGGAACCUCCUGCUCCCACCCAGACCCAAAGCCCCCCCAGUGAAAACCGCCCUCCACCGAACAAACAGAUUUUCCAAGGCAACAGGCGUACUUUCCAGGGACAAGGGUAUCAUUCGGGGGCUCAGAGGUAUAACGGCGCUUCCUACCAAGACCGGCACGCCGCUCGUGCUAAUCACCGCUACCAGAGCGACGGCGGCUCUUCUGGUCCUUCACCGCAGUCGCACGGCUCCAGAGGUCCCCACCAUUUCCCCACAUCCUCCUACAACCCAGACCGACCCUCUCAUAACGGGCUGCCCCAAAGGCUUCCGCGGACGCAAUGCCCCUGACAUUGGCAAUCCCGCGCUCAAUCAAACCCGUCUAACUAACCCUUGCACUCGUCUCCCCAUAGCCUCCCCCAUGCCUUCUACACUCUCCCCUCUACUAACUCCUUUCAAUGAAGAAUAGAAUACAUGUUUACAUAUUUCUGUCAGUCGAGCUGUAGGGCCACCUCUCUACAUCAAACUUGAAACGCUUUCACUGUCCUGUAAUCGCUCUUCCCUUUCGCAUUUCGUCCAUCCUGGUUAAGGUAACCGCUUCUAUCUUUAGGCUCCCUUUUGAAAGAUCUCAUUGCUAUGCUACUCUGUAGUCUCUGUUCUUAUUUUCUACAUUUAAGCUGUCUGCCAGAGACCGCCGUGAUUACCUGGAACAAUUUGUGCACUAUUGAAGUCGAGCUCUUAGUUCUAUUUCUAUUUUUGCCGUGGCUUAUGUCAGCUCUCUGAUUUGCACCUCAGAUCUCCUCAAUUGUUUUUGUUUUUUUUCGUCUCCCAGAGCCAUUUCAAUGCCUUCGCCGUGGUAAGCGUAGUGUAAGUGCAAAAGCAGUUCUAGCAUUUACAGAGAUUAUUGUGAUCAUGAGAAUAGACCUGCAAUCAACACUACAGACUAUCAUUAAUCUUUACGAUGUA